UCUCCCGGCGGGCAGUGCGGCCCGGCUCUCGGGCGGCAGCGAGUGCCACGUCCUAAGUGCUACGCGGAGGAGCGGAGCGGGUGGUACGCUGGGGGCGGGGAGCAGCACGAAGUCCGUCUAGUCCACACCGAUCGCCCGCCGCCAUGGGCUCUUCGCAGAGCGUCGAGAUCCCAGGCGGAGGCACGGAAGGCUACCACGUCCUACGGGUACAAGAAAAUUCCCCAGGACAUAGAGCUGGACUGGAGCCUUUCUUUGACUUUAUUGUUUCUAUUAAUGGUUCAAGAUUAAAUAAAGACAAUGACACUCUGAAGGAUCUACUGAAAGCAAAUGUUGAAAAGCCUGUCAAGAUGCUCAUCUACAGCAGCAAAACUCUGGAGCUGAGAGAGACCUCAGUCACACCAAGCAACUUGUGGGGUGGCCAGGGCUUAUUGGGAGUGAGCAUUCGAUUCUGCAGCUUUGACGGAGCAAACGAAAAUGUCUGGCAUGUAUUGGAAGUAGAAUCAAAUUCUCCUGCAGCACUGGCAGGUCUUAGACCACACAGCGAUUAUAUCAUUGGAGCAGAUAUGGUCAUGAAUGAGUCUGAAGAUCUAUUCAGCCUUAUUGAAACACAUGAAGCAAAACCACUGAAGCUUUAUGUGUACAACACAGAUACUGAUAAUUGUCGAGAAGUGAUUAUUACACCAAAUUCUGCAUGGGGUGGAGAAGGCAGCCUAGGAUGUGGCAUUGGUUAUGGUUAUUUGCAUCGAAUACCUACACGCCCAUUUGAAGAAGGAAAGAAAAUUUCUCUUCCAGGACAAAUGACUGGUACACCUAUUACUCCUCUUAAAGAUGGGUUUACAGAGGUCCAGCUGUCUUCAGUCAAUCCCCCAUCUUUGUCACCACCAGGAACUACAGGAAUUGAACAGGGUCUGUCUGGACUUUCUAUUAGCUCAGCUCCACCAGCUGUCAGCAACGUCCUCAGUACAGGUGUGCCAACAGUACCGUUGUUGUCACCACAAGUAAACCAAUCCCUUGCUUCUAUGCCACCAAUGAACCCAGCUACUACAUUACCAGGUCUGAUGCCUUUGCCAGCAGGACUCCCUAACCUCCCCAGCCUCCCCAACCUCCCCAGCCUCCCGAACCUCAACCUUCCCGCACCACACCUCCUGCCAGGGGUUGGCUUACCAGAACUCGUGAAUCCGGGUUUGCCACCUCUUCCUACCCUGCCUCCCCAAAACUUACCUGGCAUUGCACCUCUCCGCAUGCCGUCCGAGUUCCUCCCAUCAUUCCCUUUGGCUCCAGAAGGCUCUUCUGUAGCCAGCUCAGGGGAGCUGCUAUCUUCCCUCCCACCCGCCGGCAUCCCAUCUUCUGACCCUGUCACGACUACUGCAAAGGCAGACGCUGCCCCCUCACUCACUGUGGAUGUGACGUCCCCCACCUCCAAGGCCCUCGUCACUGUUGAGGACAGAAUCAGCGACUCUACCCCGGCCAGCGAGAAGCCUGUUUCUGCGGUUACAGUUACGGAUGCAAAUGCUUCUGAGUCACCUUCACUCUGAACCUGUCUUCAGAAUUGGCGUGGUGUAUUUAUUUAACCACGGGAGCGUGUCUGGAAAUGCAAACUAUCAUUAAUUUCAUACUAGUUUGUACCGUAUCUGUAGGUGUCCUGUAAAUAAUUCUAAGGGGAAAACUAAGCAAGCGGACGUGGGUUUGUAUCCUGCCAAGUUGGGGUGGGGCUCACGGGCCAGGGAGGGAAAUGUCAGAAAGUGCUUGUAUUUCAAACAACCAAAAAGAGUUGUAAAGGUGGCUUGCAGCUAGGCGUCCACUGCCAUUUUGGGGUGUACAUCUUUGGGAAAGGAGGUGGCAAGGUGUCCACUGGGUUUCCUGCCCCCUACUGCUCCUUCUAUAAGAAAAUGGGAUAUUUUAUGCCUAGUGCUCACACACAUUUCUUGUACUUUGUAAAUCGUUGCAAGAAUGCAAACCACCUCACUAAACUGUAAAAGGAAACGAUAACUUUACUUUUGGUUUCUGUGAGUCGAAUCUCUAUUAAGGUUUACACAGAAGUUCCAAUCGGAGAUGUUUGUUAAAGUUACACAGUGUGCACUAUUAAUUGAACAUCUUUUUAUUCAGCCUUGUUUUGAGCUCUCAGAAUUACUCAGACAACAUUUUGUAACUGCUGCUGUUGCUUUCUACGUCCACCAUUCAGAUGGCAUUUAAAGAGAAAUAAAGGAGAUGUUGCACAAUUUUAAACCAGAAGGUGGCACUUUGUGGCUACUUAUAAUAUAGCUAUUCUGGGGAAGCAGAGAUAUAGCAAUAAAUUACUGUAAUUUUA